GUAACAUGAGCUUGGCGAUCAUAAAAAUCGGCCGCAAUGUCGUAAUGAGGAUCCUUAUGUGCUUCUGCAGUUCGGCUCACUCGCUCUGAUCGAAGGGGUGACGAAGGAUCUCCUCUACUUUAAGGAGGUAGCGGAAGGAGCUGAGGAGUAGCAGCACGAAGAAGGCACCGAUACGGCGUCCAUGGAAGAGGGGAAACCGGAUGUGCAGAUGCUCCCGAAGGCUGCCCCAACGAAGGCACACUCUAAGUCGCGGUCGGAACGAGCUACGUUCCAUUACGCGGAACCCUCCAUGGCCGAGAUGACACGGCGAGGAAGGGAUCCAGUUCCGAGCGGGGAUUUCCAGCUAAUCCAUUCCGGUCACUUCGGGAAGGGACCCACCACGCUCAGGCCACUUACGAGCGGAUUGAGUCGCUGUUCCGGAGGGUCUGCACAUCGUUAGGAGGCUGUGAGUCGGAGGAGGUUUUUUUGGAAGAUCGAGCUUUUGAAGGAUGCACCCAAGUUACGGGCCGAGAAGCAGCGGCUGGAGCUCUAGAUAAAGGAACUUACCUCAGAGUUGGCUACGAAGAGCGAGGAGAUUCGUAAGUUCCACGCCCGAGCAGGAGGAGAUCUUGAAUGAGAUCGGGAAGUUGGUGGGAGUUCCGGGCGAUGUAGUCAACAAGGCCCGGUUGUUUGAUGAGAACGCGAUGGCCCCUGCUAACCUACAGGAUAGGGGAGGAUCAUCACGAUCAUGUCCAAGUUUGAGUACUCGAUGGGCAAGAUUCUGAAGUUGAUGAAGAGGUUGCUCUGCCCGGAUACCAGAAGUCCGAGUGUCGAUCCGAGAUUUCCCGGAUCUCCCUCUCAGAUAGUGGUGGGGGAAUCUCGUGGAGCAGGGUUCAAAAUCCCUCGAAAGCAUGUUCAGUUGCCUCAAACUAGCUAUGAGCGGGAGGUGUUCCCGGACCCGGAUAUUUUUGGUCCACCUCGGACAAUUGCGGAUCUAAUAGCUGGGGUGAUCGCCAAGGAGGCCUCUCCCGGAGCCAGUUUCGCUCAGCAAAGUUGCGUGAUCCCCGCUGGCCAGACGAAGAUUACGGGGACCACGGUCACCAUGAGGCGAUCCGAGGAGCAGACAGUCACGGAAGAGGUCACCCGGACCGUGCAGCCGGUCGUUGCUCCGACGAUCGGAGACGUAAUUCCGAUUCACCAGGGGGUGGUAGCCGGAAGUCAGUGGAGAAGAUACAUAUCACCACCCGGGCGUACCCGAGUAGUUCAGGACGGAACUCUCACCCCUUCACCCACGGCCCGGACCGGCACUGUCACACCUACCCCUGCCGGAACGCCUGUAGAGAAGUCUCCGGAAAAUUCCUCCGGAACCCGGCGAUAGUUGUGGAAGAGGAAGGGUCCGAUCAAGCCUGGCACGAUUGAACUUUCCGAGUCCGACUCGGAUUCUUAUGCGAGUUCCCCAUCCGGGACGAUCGGAACGGAUACCCGUACCCCGACGUCCGGCACUUCUACCCCGAGAGGUACCUCCAUCAAGUACCCCAAGACCAAGAUCGUUACCCGGUCGUUGGACAUCAAAGCUAAGGAAACGAAGGCCAAGGCGAAAGCAAGGCGUCCGGCACUCCUACCCCGAGAGGUACCCCCAUCAAGUCCCCCAAGACCAAGAUCGUUACCCGGUCGUUGGACGUCAAAGCUAAGGAAACGAAGGCCGAGGCAAAAGCAAGGCGAUAGGCGGAACGUGCUACGAAGGGAGGAGGAUCCGAGCCGAGGACGACACGAUCAAAGGAGGAGGAGAGUAACAAGAAAACAAAGACGGGAUAGAUUCCUCGCACCUGUCACUUUCCGGAUUUAUAGGAGUAGGUAUCGGACCGGUAAGAUCCGGAUUAACCGUGAAGUAGGAUUCUAGGUAGAUGAUUAGGAAUUAGGGUUUUUGUUGCACCUUUUGGCGCCGCCGCUUUUGUGAAAACCCCUACUUACUUAAAUGGGGCAAGCGAUGCAGGCCGAGUCC